CUUAACACUACCCAAUACCUCUCUCACCUGCUUCCUCUAUGACUGACCCUUACUGUAUGUAACUGUAAUAAAAAGCUUCACUCUUCCAAUAAUUUUGCGUCCUUCCACGAAACGCGGUCGUUUUAAUGUUGCUCUCUCCUUCUUCCUCGCCGGCUCCGGCUAAUUCCCCGCCUGCCACGUCUUCAGCUCCGUCAGAUUCCUUACCUGACACGUCAUCACCUCCAGCUCCUCCUUUGUCUCCUAUUUCCCCGCCAUUGAGCUCUCCUCCUCCGUUGCCUCCCCCACCGCCCCUCUUAGCUCCCACCGCUUCGCCACCGCCUCUUCCGAUUGAAUCUCCUCCGUUAGCAUCUCCACCGUCUCCUCCAUUAGUAUCCCCACCGACUCUUCCAUUAGUAUCUCCACCGUCGCCUCCGUUAGAAUCUCCAUCUCCACCGUCUCCUCAGGCCUCAGCUCCUUCCGGUUCACCGCCAUUGCCUUUCCUUCCCGCCAAACCGUCUCCGCCGCCUUCUCCGCUUCCCUUUGAGACAUCACCGCCGGGAAACCCCAUUUUCCCGCCGCCUCCUUCACUUCCCUCCGAUUCAAUCCCGCCGGCGAGUACGGCUUCUCCUCCACCGCCGUCUACUCCUCGCCGCCGUGCCCCUAAGCCUUCGCUUCCUCCUCCCACCAAUUCUUCCCCACCAAAACCUUCUCCGAGCACUCCGACUCUCCCGGAAACUUCUGCUCCACCUAAACCACCGCUCUCGACGACGCCAUUCCCCUCUUCAUCCACUCCGCCGCCGAAGAAGUCACCGGCAACAGCAACUCUUCCUUUCUUUGGGCCUACUGGCCCACUAACGGGGACAGCAGCACCACCUAUUGGGCCCGUUAUAGAGCCCAAGACAAGUCCCGGCGAAUCGAUAUCUCCCGGAACGCCACAGCCACUUGUACCGAAGAGUCUGCCUGAGACGACGUCGUAUCACCGCUCUUCCGCCGGAUUCUUAUUUGGCGCUGUAAUCGUUGGAGCUCUCCUACUUGUUCUGUUAGGCCUUCUCUUUGUCUUUUACCGAGCUACCAGAAAUAGAAAUAACGACAGCUCUGCUCCUCAUCAAUCCAAAACUCCAUCAAAAGCUUCACUCUUCCAAUAA